AUGAUCGUUGAUGCCGUUACCACGACGUCAACCGUGAGCGCUCUUGUUCCACCUAUCACUAUCACUGCAACUCCAAGCCUUGCUCUCGCUGCGUCAACCGAUGUACUGGCUACCGGAUGCCUGAGUGAUGCCCAAGCGACAAACAUAAUCACAUCCUGGAAGACUAUUCUUACCUCAUCAGAUCGAGGGGAUGCGAGUGCUAUAGCUCAAGCACUGAUUGCGGACGAGUAUCUGGAAACAAGUGACUCGAUCAAUUCUCUAGCCGGGAAUUCGUUGGGAAACGCCACCUUCUCUGGCAAGGAUAGCUUCAUCGCCGCCGUGCUAGAAAAGCCACCCAUUCCACUCUUGACAACACUGGACAUUUUCCACGACUGCACUCGAAUCGCAUUCUACUGGGCUGCUAGUGGAGUAGGUUCAGGGGUGGAGGAUGUCAGGGGGGUUGACCUGCUAUAUUUGACCGAGGACAAGGAGCAGAUCAACAUGGCCAUGGUCGAGUUUAACAGUCUUGCAUGGGCGAAGGAUGUGGGUUGGCAGAUUGAGAGGGCGAACGGGACAAAGUAUUGA